GGGUGGAUUCCAAGGGUCGGGGUGUCAUGCUGUGCCUCCUGCCGUCCACAGUUCUCUGCGGGUAGAAGAAUUUCUGGCUACAGACCCUCCCAGGACAGAAUCGGAGCCUCACGCUGGUGAAAUUCCCCCUUGGACUGUCAGCCCCAACUCCAAUGAAGUUGACAAGCAGUCUCGAGUCAAAGCCACUUAACGCCAAUGACAUGGAGACCUUAAUUGAAUGUCAGUCAGAGGGUGAUAUCAAGGCUCACCCGCUGCUGACAUCAUGUGAGAGUGAAGACAGCAUUUGCCAGCUAAUUGAAGUUAAGAAGAGAAAGAAAGUGUUGUCCUGGCCCUCUCUCAUGAGAAAGCUCUCUCCUUCAUCAGACUUCUCUGGAUCAUUGGAACCAGAGCUAAAAGUGCCACUGUUUGACCAACCCUUGUCAGUCAUCUGUGGGGAAAAUGACACACUCCCCAGACCCAUCCAGGACAUCCUCGCCAUCCUCUGCCUUAAAGGCCCUUCAACGGAAGGAAUAUUCAGGAAAGCUGCCAGCGAGAAAGCCCGCAAGGAGCUGAAGGAGGAGCUUAACUGCGGGGGCGUGGUGAAUCUGAAGCAGCUGCCUGUGCACCUCCUGGCUGUGGUCUUUAAGGACUUCCUCCGAGGAAUCCCCCUGAAACUGCUAUCUUGUGACCUCUUUGAGGAGUGGAUGGGCGCCCUGGAGAAGCCAAGCGAGGAGGACAGAAUCGAGGCCCUAAAGCAGGUUGCAGAUCGCCUCCCCCGGCCCAACCUUCUCCUGCUCAGACACUUGGUCUACGUGCUGCACCUGAUCAGCAAGAACGCUGAGGUCAACAAGAUGGACUCUAGCAACCUAGCCAUCUGCAUCGGGCCCAACAUGCUCGCUCUGAAGAAUGACCAAACCCUGUCCUUCCAGGCCCAGAAGGACCUGAACAAUAAGGUUAAGACAUUGGUGGAAUUCCUCAUUGACAACUGCUUUGAAAUAUUUGGGGAGAACAUUCCGACACAUCCCCGCAUCACUUCUGAUGACUCUCUGGAGCACACAGACAGUUCAGAUGUGUCGACUCUGCAGAAUGACUCAGCUUAUGACAGCAAUGACCCAGAUGUGGAGCCCAUGAGUGCCAUCCCCUCUCCCAGCAGGCAGCUGGAGGGGCCCACUGGCCUGGAUAACCGGGGCCCAUGGGACACCUGUGAGUCAGGCUCAGAGCCCAUUGUUAGCAUGGUAGCCAGGUUGAAAGGCUCCAUUGGCCAGCAAGACAGGCGAUUCUCUGAACCCAACAUGUCACUCUCACAAGAGUCUCUCAUGAGUCAAACGACAAAACAAAAGCUCACCAAGAGUGAGGAUAACUGCACCAUGCCCCAGGAAGCCUCUUGUUUUGAGGGUGAUGAAGCUGAAGAUCCAUUUACAGAGGAAGUCUUCCCAGCAGUUGAAGGCAAGCCCAAGAGACCAGUGGAUUUAAAGAUAAAGAACUUGACCCAAGGUUUAGCAUCACCACAGGGACUGGGACCCAAAGUUUUCUCCGGAGUCUCCCCAGGUAAAUCUUUGGACAGCUCACCCGUGCCUUCUCCUUCCUGUCCCAAAAGAAGCUUCUUCACCAGACACCAGAGUUUCACCACAAAAACAGACAAGGCCAAACCCCAGAGAGAAAUGAGAAAGCAUUCCAUGUCAUUUUCCUUUGCCUCUCAGAAGAAAGUGCUGCCCCGGACCUCCAGCACUGGCUCUGAGAAACCCAAAGACUUUUCUAGAGACCAAAUCAAGAAGGGUUUGAGGAAAGAAAGCCAACUUGCUGGCAGAAUCAUCCAGGAAAAUGAGUCAGAAAUCCAAAGGCAAACAGCUCUGGGCUUCAGUUUGUCUAGAACCUGGGCGCUCUCAGUGGAUAACGUCUUCCAGCUAGUGGAUGUGAGGAAGCCAGGAAGCCCACCAUCGUACGAAGAAGCCAUUCAUCACCAGACAUCUGGACUCACAGCCUGCAGCGGCCAGACGGUGGGCAGUAUGAGAGCGAGGAUGCUCAAAGGGAACGCAGCUCCGCCUCCUCUGCCUUCUCGCCUUGGAGGUGACCACAGUGAAGGGACACCUGAUGGACACAGAUCCUCUCCCAUGACUGAGCACUGGAAACAGAGUCAGACUGUCUGUGUCUCUGUGGAAACUCAGGGGAGAUCUGAGCUGCACCGGUUGAGGACUGUGUCUGAAUCCACGCAGAAGGCUACGUUGGACUGUCUCAGGCGACGACACAGCCACAUGGUCUUUGAGUUCGACCAACUCCAAUGUGCUAAAGAAUCCUACAUUUAGGAAAGGAGACCUUGCAUGGCUAACUGGUGGUGUGUGUGAAUAUAGACUGUAUGUAGAACUGCUGGUCAGUUCUACUUCCCAAAGUCACGAAUAAGCUCAUUCAGAAUGUCUUGUAGAGCUUUCCUCUGUGAGGCUGGCUCACACAGCGACACACCAAAUUGUGUGUAUCUGGGUUUGUGCAAUACAUAGUAAAUGUAUAAAAUGUACUAUAGACACAGUAUUAGAUGAAAAGGGUGUGCACACACAUCCUGCAUGCAUGUAUCUGCGCACUUUCUAUAUAUUGCUGUUUUUGCCCCCAGGUGCGUGUUUCUAUUGAUUAGAAAAAUCUUUACUUUUCUUGGUUACCUCAGAUGUCUUGCCAACAUUCACAUUUUCCAGGAGCUGCAUGGGGAUGGAAAUGUCUGAACCUCGGGUAGGUUUGUUUUCUAGACAGGCUCUUGACAACUAUCCAGCACAAUAGAAGGAAGCAGCCAGGAAGAGACUGCGCUCUGUGUGGGAGCUGUCAGCAGCUGGGAAGGUAUUUCAGUGACCUAAUGGA